GCCCCAGCUCCAUUCUCGACCCUCGUGCGUGUUCUUUUUCCCUCUAUUGUUAUUUACCCGCACUUUAUAUGCUCAGUCGGCGCAAGCUCUCUGGUCGGGUCUGCAGCAUGAACCUUGCUUUGAUGCCUAAGAACUAAUGGAAUGCCCGCCACCAUCACCACACACCACACCGGCCAAAUGCCUCCCAACGGAGCGGCGCCCCUCGACCCUUUGGACACAGCGGACUAUGAUCCAAUCGACCACCUAAAUGCCAUCUUCUCCCACCCCUCUACCCUCUCGUCCGUCUCCGACGUAUUCCAACAGCUGCGUGACUACGAAGAUGAGCUGGACAACGAGAUCGGCGCACUGGUAGAGGACCAGGUCACAUCUAAUGCUGAGAGCGUCGAGCGCAUCCAGGCUGCCAAGGCCGAUCUGACAGAGCUGUUCAAGAAGAUUGACGAUGUGCGCGACCGCGCGUCCAAGACGGAGCAGUCCAUCACGGAGAUGACCGCGGACAUCAAGCAGCUGGACAAUGCGAAGAAGAACCUGACCCAGUCUAUGACGGCCUUGAAGAGAUUACAGAUGUUGACCACCGCGUACGAUCAACUACGUGUCCUCAGCCGCACGCGGCAGUACCGGGACUGUGCCCAGCUGCUGCAGGCAGUGAUCCAGCUGAUGGCACACUUCAAGUCGUACCGAUCGAUAGACCAAAUCGCGUUACUCAGCCGGAAUGUAGCAGAUAUACAGCGGGAGCUCCUGGAGCAGAUCUGUGAGGACUUUGAGCUCGCCUUUGCCAAGGGUGAGGUGGGCCAGAGGAAGACCGCGCUUUUGGAGGGCUGCCAGGUUAUGGAUGCGCUUGGGGAACACGCAAGGUCAAGGAUAGUGACUUGGUAUUGCAAUUUCCAGCUUCGCGAGUACCGCCAAGUAUUCAGGAACAAUGAGGAGGCCGGGUCUCUCGAUAAUAUCUCUCGGAGAUAUUCGUGGUUUCGACGGAUUUUGCGAAUUUAUGAUGAGGAAUACGCGGCUAUCUUUCCGCCAUCGUGGAGAGUAGAUGAAAUCUUGGCGAAUGUAUUUUGCGAGGGGACUAGAGAUGAUUUCAAGGGAAUUCUGUCCCGCUCUGUGCGGAGUGGCCAGACGAUUGAUGUCAACCUGUUACUGUCGUGUUUGCAGGAGACGCUCGACUUUGAGCACUCGCUUGAGCGACGCUUCGUUAGCCCCUCGCGGCCGUCUACUGACACUUUCACUUCGGCAGAAGCACCUGUAUUCGGCCAGGCCAUCUCGGAGGCCUUUGAGCCCUACUUGAGUGUCUGGGUGGAAGCCCAGGAUAGGCAGCUCGCGACGCUUAUUCCGAAGUAUCGACAACAGCCAUUGAAGCCUAUAGAUGAGGAAUUCGACUCCAAUGCCGUUAUUCCCUCUUCUACCGAGCUAUUCACUUUCUAUAGACAUGCCCUGCAGCAAUGCGCGAAGCUCUCCACUGGUGGAAGCCUCGUAGACCUAUCCAAAGUUUUCACCAAGUAUCUUGACCACUACGCACAACAAGUCCUUCUUUACUACAUCAGCGAUCGGCCCACUGUCCACAGUCCGUUAGGGGUGACAUCCCGAGAAGACUUCAUUGCUGUCCUCAACACAGCCGAUUACUGUUACACCACCUGCAACCAACUCGAGGAGAAGAUCAAAGGCCGGCUGGAUAAAAACCUGAAGCAAACGGUAGACCUGCAAAGCCAAGCGGAUUCUUUCAUGGGCAUUGCCUCUGCUGCUGUUCGUGGACUUGUGCGUAAAGUUGAGGUUGAGCUGGAGCCCUGCUGGCGAGAGAUGCGCAACAUGCCUUGGAGUCGCCUGGAGGCUGUGAGUGACCAGAGUUCAUACGUUGGGGAGGUCUUAACCAAAACCAACACUAAAUCCUCUGGAAUUCUGCAAUUGAUUCACAAGCAACAAUACGCAAGAGCAUUCGCAGACCACCUAGUGGAGCUGGUGUCGAAUCUUUUUCUCCAGAAUAUCUUUCAAUGCAAGCCUGUUUCAGAGACGGGUGCGGAACAAAUGCUUCUAGAUGCAUACACCCUCAAAACCGGCCUCUCAUCGCUCCUCCCCGCCCCCGCUCCCGCAGGUUUCGUGAAACGCGUCAACAACAGCUUCGCCAAAAUCGAAGCCUUGCUAAAGACCCUUCAGGUGCAACCAUCACCCCCCGAAGCGCUCGUCCAAGCCUACCUGAUCCACAUUGCGGACAGUAGCAACACGAAUUUCCGCAAAAUCCUCGAUCUCAAGGGCAUCCGCAGUCGACAAGAGCAGAACCACCUGGUCGAACUCUUCCAGGUUCACCGCACCUCCGACCGCUAUGCCUCAAACCUCCAACAGAGUAAUCCCAUGCUAGCCAGUCUACAGACAACUUCCGCCCCCUCGUCAGCCACCGUCUCCCAGGGCUUAGGACUCGGAAACCUGAGCACCUCUGCCGCCGCAUCGAUCGGCGCCUCGAACCUUCCCUCGCGUUUUGACGCCUCCAUGCUCGGGAACGCCAUCAUAUCUGCCGCAAAGGAUGGCGUCGAUAGACUAGGUACGCCCAUGAGCUCCUCGUCAACAGCCACAAACCCCGGCGCCGCUGCCGGGGGAGGAGCAGCAGCAGCAGCAGGAGCAGGAACAGGCUCACUGUCUGCUUCGCUGAGCCCAUCUAGUACACCUGGACCUAUCGGGCAGGUCCAAAGCCAGGCUGGAGAUGUAGGCUCGAAUUUAAAUGAAAAUCUGAAGAAUAUUGGCAAGUUCUUCCGUCGCGACUUGGGCUUUGGAGGGAGAUUUGGGAGGAGUGGGGAUGACGGUUGAUUGUUUUUAAGGGGGUGGAGUGAGGGAUUCUAGUGUAUAUGUUUCAGCGAUGGAGGUUUCUUUUCUUAUUGUGUGUUCUUUAUUCCACUAUACCAUGAUCAUUUGAACAAUAUGAGCGUUAUGGGGACUAUUAAUUCGCGUGUUACUAUAACUUGAGGUUGUUUUGAUGAGUUUACAAAACAAUUAUAUAUAUAUAUAUAUAUAUAGACACCUAUUUAUUGAAGGUUGUAGCAAAAUAAACCUUUUAUAUAAG